UUAGCAUCUUCUUGAAUGUUAAUCUCUUCCAUCUUCAAUGUCUACCCUUUUCUUCUCUUUCCUUCUUCUCUUCACAAACCUUGUGCUUUUAAGCUCAGUUUCAUCCAUAGAGUUUGUAUACAACACCAACUUCAACUCCACCAAUACACUUCUCUAUGCCAAUGCCACCAUUGAAUCUUCCAUUCUAACCCUCACCAACCGCUCCACCUUCAGUGUGGGACGUGCUUUCUACCCAUCAAAGAUUCCCACAAAAUCUUCUACCUCUUCAACGCCUUUGGCAUUCUCAACUUCCUUCAUUUUCUCCAUUGCUCCAUUCAAAGACCUUCUACCUGGCCAUGGUUUUGUCUUCAUUUUGUCACCUUUUGCUGGCAGCACUGGCGUUAGUUCUGCUCAGCAUCUUGGUCUCUUCAACUUGACAAACAACGGUAAUCGCAACAACCAUGUCUUUGGCAUCGAGUUUGAUGUGUUUGAUAACCAAGAGUUCAAUGAUAUCAAUGAUAAUCAUGUGGGUGUGGAUAUAAACUCUCUUUCUUCUUUUAGUUCACAUUCUGCUGGAUUUUGGGGUGGGAAAGAUGAUGAUAAGUUUGAGGAUUUGAAGCUAAAUGAUGGUGAGAACUAUCAAGUGUGGAUUGACUAUUUAGGUUCUAGAGUUAAUGUUACAAUGGCUCGUGCAGGCCAAAAAAGGCCUCAGAAGCCUUUGAUUAGUGAGUUUGUGGAUCUUUCUGAUGUUCUUUUGGAUGAAAUGUGCGUGGGAUUUUGUGGGGCAACAGGGCAGCUUGUGGAGAGUCAUAAGAUUUUGGCUUGGAGCUUUAGUAACUCAAAUCUUUCUAUUGGUGAUGCUUUGGUGACUACAAAUUUGCCUUCAUUUGUGCUUCCCAAAGGGACUGUUAGGAGGUCAAAAGGUUUCAUUGUAGGGAUCAGUGUAGGCUCUCUCUUUGUUAUUUGGGGUGCUGUUAUGAUAUUUGUGCUUUUUCUCAGACAAAAAAGGAGCCAAAGAAAGGAGGGAGAAGAAGAAAUUGAAGAUUGGGAAUUGGAGUAUUGGCCACGCCGUGUUAGGUAUGAAGAUAUUUAUGCUGCUACUGAAGGAUUUUCAGACCAAAAUGUAAUUGGGUUUGGAGGGAAUGGGAAAGUCUAUAAAGGGCUUAUGCAAGGAGCACAAGUUGCUGUGAAAAGAAUUGCUUAUGACAGUGAAUAUGGAAUGAGAGAGUUUUUGUCUGAGAUUUCAAGUUUAGGCAGAUUGAAACAUAGGAAUGUGGUUCCAUUGAGAGGUUGGUGUAAGAAAGAGAAAGGAAGCUUGAUUUUAAUCUAUGAUUAUAUGGAUAAUGGAAGUUUAGAAAAAAGAUUAUUUGAUGGUGAUAAGUGCACUACUUUUGGUUGGGAAGAGAGAAUCAAGGUGCUAAAGGAUGUGGCUGAAGGAAUAUUGUAUUUGCAUGAGGGUUGGGAGGUUAAGGUGUUGCAUAGAGACAUCAAAGCAAGCAAUGUAUUACUUGAUAGGGAUAUGAAUGCAAGGCUGGGGGAUUUUGGACUAGCCAGAAUGCACCAUCAUGAGCAGGUUGCUAACACCUCACAAGUGAUUGGAACUGUUGGUUUCAUGGCACCUGAACUUAUUCAAACUGGGAGAGCCUCAACUCACACUGAUGUAUUCAGUUUUGGUGUGUUGGUUUUAGAGGUGGUGUGUGGAAGAAGACCAAAUGACGAAAAUAAGCCACCCUUGGUUGCAUGGUUGUCGAAGCUAAUGGAGAGAGAAGAAGAGUGUUCUGCUCUUGAUGAAAGGUUAAAAGGGAGGGAUGAUUAUAGCACUGAUGAGGUUAAGAGGGCUCUUCAACUUGGUUUGUUGUGUACUCAUCCUGACCCUCAUGUUAGGCCAACUAUGAGACAGGUUGUGAAGGUGUUGGAGGGAGAGAGUUUAGAUAUGAGCUUGCUUAACAAAAUAAAUUCAGCAGCUGCAUAUGCUGGGAACUUUGGGAACAACAUUCACCCAACAAUUGAGGAAAUUUUCUCCUCUUACUGCUCUUUCACAACCCAAUGUGGCAUUGAGGGAAGAUGAGUUUUCUUGAAAAAUCACUUGACUACCGGUUCCUUGAUACAGAUGCAAAGUGUCUUACUAUGAAAUUUUGAUUAACUGUGCCCCUGUGAUAAUUAUUAUCAUUUCAUUCCUUUAAACUGUAUUGGUUGAAUUGGUUGUAUGAAAAUGGCAUUCUGUAUAUGGCUUAAGAUUUUCUUCUAUUUGAUGUACAUUGUACACACUACAUAAUAAUAGACACCAAUAUAAUUUUUUUUUUUUUAAUUUCAAAUAUUAUGGGCUGUAUCCAUGUGAUUUUAUUUGUAGGAUUUAUGCCUUUUAUAAUUGAAUCAUACAAGGAAGAACUCAUAUUGAUAUACUAAUUUGCAUACGUCUAUUUCAUUUGUUGCUCAUGUUCUAAUAUACUAGAAUUACAAAGACUCCAUUCACACUAAGACCUUUUUCUUCAUAGACCAUGCUGUUUAACCCUAUAGAAUAUCAAUGAUAUCGGUUAAUUCUUCUUUCUUCACCUCUUCCUUUUGCAACUUCUACAACAAAACUUUUAGAAACUUACCUUCUGGUUAUGGGUUUACUUUUAUUCCUCAUUUUAGGAACAUAAUUGGCACCCACUCUGGAAAUUAAUAGGGACUCUUUUAAUCGUUCUGGUUGAGGUAAGGUAAUUUCCCCCAACAACUUUUGCUAUUGAAUUUGAAGGAAUUCAAUGAAGUAAGUGAUAAUCAUGUGGGUGUUGACUUAAUUAUCUGAUUUCAUCAUAAUCUGAACCUGCUGGGUUGUUGGUUGGUAAAAAUGGUGAAAAGCUUAUGGUGUUUGAACUAGAUAACGGUCAUAACUAUCAAGUACGGAUAAGGAUUUUGAAUUCACAGUUUAGUGUUACUAUGGCUCCAACAGGGAAAAACAGGCCUCACAACCCAUUAAGGAAAAAGAGACCUUUGAUUAGUGGGCCAGUUAACCAUCCUAGUUGACCAGGAAAAAAAAAAACCAUCCUAGGAUAUUGUUGGAUGAAAUGUAUUUGGGGUUUUCUGGAACAACAGAGAGAAUGAUGAACAUUUCAGAGCAUUUUUUCAAUUGGGCGAUGCUAUGUUAACCAAAAUUUUGUCUUUGAAUGUCCGGCCUAAGAGAUGGAUAUUUAUAGAUUCUUGAUACGAGAGAAACAUACAAGGAAAAAAGAAAGAAAGUGAUUUUUUUAUAUUGAAUAAUUAAUCAUCUCUCUCUAAAAUCGUGAGUACCCAUAUCUAUUUACGUGUGUGUGUGUAUAUAUAAACACCCAACUUAACAAUACCUUUAAUCAAAUGAGAAAAAAUAGAAGGAACGAAAAAUAAUGAAAAUAGAAGGUAGCUGCAAUAUGUGAAAAGAAAAAUGUAAUUUAUACAAAAGAUUUGUACAAUUUUUGUUUACAAUUUAGAGAAUAGAAAGAGAGAAAGAAUGAGUGAUGUAAUAAAAAACAAAAAAUAUUAUUGUAGAAAUUUGUUGUAAAAAUAUUGUAACAAAAGAAAGCAUGGACAUCAAUGAAAAACUGAAAAAAAAAAUAGUUAUCUUUACUUUUUCAACAAAGAUGGUGAAACUACUCGGUUGAUAUGCACACUUUGUUUUUCCUCUCUCAUUAACAUCACAAGCUUUCAUUGGAGGGUAAUUUAGUGCUAUAUGUCAUUGGUUGAUUAUUAAACUUUGAUGUUUUUCAUUUUCUAAGGACCACAAAAAG